CCUGAGUGAGGAUCGUGCGUUACGCAAUCGGCUCUUCGUUUCUCAGCUCUGUUGCGUUUAAUCGUGCUCACGCAUCGAGUACUCGCACAAUUGUCCUCUCGUACUUUCAUUCGUUUCCACGAGUAUCGAUAUAUCGAUAUACCGAUCGAGGGAUCUAUUUCGAGACUUCCAGCAUCUUGCAGUAACAAGAAGGCGGACUCCUUUCCGGCGGGGCGAAGACGCGUGAAUAGACAGUGACAUGUCCUAAGGCUACGUGCUGAUUCACUCCCGAUCGGCAGCUGUCGGUCUCUCGGUAUGCGUGCUCGCUGAUCGCAUCAUUCAGUGCCCGAAGGACACGCGUUCGUGUAACGCUAACGGCCAUUGGAAGAAAUUACAGCCAGCGCAUCGGGCACAGCGGCAGGCUCGCCGAAGGGUGAACGUCAAAAAGAGGAGCAGUUCGAUUGUACUGAGGAAUCAGCGGACCCGGCCAGUUCAGAGAUGGGUUGCUGCGGAUGUGCGGACGAGCCAUCGUCCAAAGUGGAGCCCACGACUCCCGAGAAUCAGAAUUCACCGUCGAGCUAUUCGGAGCAGAUCUUCGUGAAGAAUCGAUCCUGCACCGACGUCUUGGCCCUGGUCAUCUUGCUCGCUCUCGUGGGCGGCUUCGCCUACAUGAUGACGAACGUGGCAAAUAAGGGUGACAUUUUCCGUGUGAUAAAUGGAUACGACGAUUGUGGCUUUGUCUGCGGCCGCGUGACCCCGAACCCUGAGAUCAAUCCUAGGGCGCAAUGUAGAAAGGAAAACACCGAUAUGACGAAAAAACGGUAUCUCGAGAUAGAAAUGGAUGCUACCGGAGUGAAGAAACGCACGUGCGUAGAGAACUGCGACUCCACGGCGGAAAAACCAAAAAUGCAGUUCCUGAAUCGCUGCGUGAAUAAGCAGGUGUCCGACACCAUCAACUCGAUAAUAAGGAACCUUCACUUGGAUAGCUUUUACAGAGAGGCAGUCAACGAUCUCGGGGUGGCUUGGCGCGAACUGGUCUAUCUCUUGCUCAUAGCCCUGGCAAUCUCCCUCGCCAUCCUGGUGGCUUUCCGCUAUUUGGUGCAAUGGAUCGUUUAUAUCGUAUUGAUCGGCGUAAUUAUCGCCUGCAUCGGCGGCACGACGUACUUCUGGUUGGCGUGGUACCAGGAAAAUAAUGCCGUAAAAGCGAACGCCAUACCCGCCGAGGACUCCAGCGUGCAGCCCUACUUCGUCUACGCCAUUAUUAUGUCGGUCGUCACGGCAAUCAUACUCCUGGUGGUCCUGGUGAUGAGGAAACGGAUCGCGCUGGUCAUGCAGCUCUUCCGAGAGGCGGGCAAAGCGGUGUGCGCGAUGCCGGCUCUGCUGUUUCAACCGAUCUACACGUAUCUGCUGAUCGGCUUCACGAUGAUAGCGUGGAUCUAUUUUAUGCUAUGGAUCGAGAGCGCCGGCGACAUUUAUGAGAAUAAGAAGCAUCACAUUCACUUCCGGAAGGACGGCCUACUCAUCGCGACGAGAUGGUACAAUCUGUUCCUCUUCUUCGUGGCGUGCGAGUUCUACCUGGGCUGUCAGCACUUGCUCGUCGCUUGCGCCGUCGCUCGGUGGUUCUUCACGAGGGAUAAGAAGCGCCUCUCCUUCGCGGUGACACGCGGCUUCGGAUACCUCGUGAGAUAUCAUCUGGGCACAGUCGCUGUCGGGGCUCUGUUAAUAGGCAUCGUCCGGCUAAUCAGAGCCAUGAUUUCGUUCGUCCAAAAUCAUCUGAAGCGCUACGACAACGGCUGCGUGCAAGGGAUACUCUGGUGUUGCCAGUGUUGUAUUUGGUGUUUCGAGUGUGCCCUGAAAUUCCUCACCAGGAACGCUUACAUCGAAACAGCCAUAUAUGGAUGCAACUUUUGCACGAGCGGAAGAAAGGCCUUCCAAGCUCUGUCGAGCAACGUUCUGCGAGUGGCGGCGAUCAACAGCGUGGGCGACUUCGUUCUGUUCCUGGGUAAAGUUUUGGUUAUCACCUUGACCGCUAUUUCGGGAGUGUACUUGAUGCAGAAGAAAGAGGGUCUUCAUCAUCCCUGGGUACCAAUCACUAUUGCGGGGAUAUUCGCGUUUUUAGUCGCGCAUUGCUUCAUUUCUAUUUACGAGAUGAUCAUCGACACGAUAUUUAUAUGCUUCUGCGAGGAUUGCGAGAAGAACGACGGCGUCGGCCGACCUUAUUUCAUGAGCCGCGGUCUGAUGGAAUUCGUGGAGAACAGUAAGAAAGCUCUGAGGCAUUUGGAUCAGCGGCAGGAAACCGCUGCUACGUAACGAGCGUCAAGGAUAUCGUUCGAGUGUUCCCGUGAAGCACGGGAGGGAGAAGUGCCGCGCGAAGACUCGAAGAUUUCAGUUGUAAAUGCAAGACUGGAAAAAAUUCGGAACGACGAAGAACGCACCGUCGGAGUUCCUCGCGACGGUGAUUUCCUCCGACGAGUGCGGGCCGAAUCGCGGACUGAAGAUGAUAUGAAGAUGAUGUGGAAUUUUUUUUUUACUGCGCACGCACACAAGAUGUCUUCUUGUAUAGAGUUACCGAGAUCGUUCCGCGUCAACGCAACGCGGCGAUCGAACAAUCGAUCGUUCUCCCGAUCGACCCUCGACGGACUGAUUUACACUUACGAAGAAUGUUUGCGAGUCAUUCUAUUUUCGAAGUUCCUCUUUCUAAAAAGAUUUACGGCCGCUACGAUAAAUACUUUUUUAUAUGAUCGCAGAGAGAGAGAAAUUCUGCGAACUUAGUUAAUGUAGAUGCAAUAAGUGAAUUAUAUAUAGUUGCCGCGAGCACGCCGCAGUCUAAAUUUGCUUCGAAUCGCACUCGAAGUGAUGAUUGACGAACAAAUUAAUUUACGGUACGCCUUGGCGCCGCUCUUGAAUACGCAAAAGUUUAUACACAGAUGAGUGUACACUCGGUUCGAACGCUCUUUCACGAUGCGGUUUGAAGUGCAACCGUGAUUCGACAGGAAACUUUUGGAGAUUGAUGAAAAAACAAGUUCUCUCAUUGAACCAUCGGCUACGUGUCUAAGCUACAUCAAAAAAGAAAUGCUCGAAUCAAGUGUACCCAUACAGGUAAAAAAGAUGCUAGAUUCAAAACUAAUUAUUCCGGUACUCGUUAGCAAAUUUCUCCUGGAUAAAGUCUUUACUUUUGAUUCGAUUAAAAUAUUUACUCGAUUCAAAUAAAAUCUACUUAAUCCAAAUAAAAAUCGGCCGAGGAGUAAUUAUUUACUUGAAUCUGGCGCUUUUUUCUUCUGUGUACUUUCCCGCUGUAAAUACGUUUCUUUUUAUGACGAAGUGCCUAUACAAAUAAGCUGGAUUUCGUUAGAGUCCACUUCACGAGAUCUAUAUUCGCGACAUAUGUACAUACACAAACACAAAAUUCUAUUAAUCAAGUCCUAUACGCCACUUUUGUACACAUCAGAUGAUAAAAAUUCACAGAUGUAUUCGAUGCGUGCAACGUUUAUAUAUAAUGCGAAUUAUUAUAUAGCUUGUAUAAAGGCGAAUUCUUUAAGUGCUUUUCUCUUACAAAUAGAGUAUUGCUCCAGGUUUUGCCUCGUCGCGAUUAUAGCUCGUCUAAAGUGUCCUCGAGCCGCGACAGUUCAAUUUCAGUACAAAUGCCGUUAAUAAGAUAUAUACGAUAUCAAGAGUUCGACCGAAGCUCGUUGUAGAUUACUAUACAGUUGCGUAAUUUCGACAGAGAUCUAUAUGCAGAGAUUAUAAUAUUGCAUUGUACGUUAUUGUGAAGUGAUUAGUGUACGAAAGUUACGAAAUUAUAAAGAUUUACGACAUAUACAUUCCA